UCUGAUGAUUCCAAGGACCAGUUCAAAUGGAAAAAUCACUCAGAAUCUCUGUGGGGAGGCAGAGGUUGGUAGAAACCUGCACAGCAGAGAGGGCAUCCAUCCACAGGACUGGGAGGAGUCAGAUGUUUGGCCCGGGUGCAGUCGGGCAGGGAAUGUGCCGGGAGUUCCAGGAGUGCUCUUUUAAAUAGGAUGAGUCUACGAUGCAGAGAAGACCCUGUUAGUGACAAAGAGCAGAGUAGGUGCAAUGCUGUGAGUCAACAAUGGGAGAGAGCAGACCUGUGGAAUAGCCAGACGACUGCAGGGAGUUCCAGGUGGGCUCUGCACUCCUGAAGGUGCAAGGGCAGGGGGUCUAGCCUGCGUUAGGGGACCAAAGUCAAGCCAGGUUUGGGGCCUCAGAGAAGGGAAGUAGACCUGGUCUCUUUACCCUGGGUGGGCCCUCAAGCCCCCCCCCCCAGGAACUCCUGUGUGCUGCACGUUCCAUUCUAAGGCGUUGCCCGGUGACGGCUGGAGUUCUUGACUAUUAGCUCCCCUCAGGGUGGUGGGGCACUGGGCACUGCUGGCCGUUCUGCAGGAUGACCAAGAAACAGUUUUUCUGCACACGAAUUUGGGUUCGGAUGCACCAUUAUUUUGUGAGGCUGUGUCAGCGCCUCCGAAAAUUCUGGAAGGUCACUAUCAAGGGCUAUUUUGCUGAGGAGGAGGAAGAAGUGCACAUGUCUUCAGCUGAGAGUAUUUUUCACAAAGAAAAAAUCCUGGCACUUGGCAACAUCUUGAAGAAUCAGCUUCUACCCUUUGAAACGAGAGCCCAGGCUGCCCAGAAAAUUGGGCUGCUGGCUUUCACAGGUGGACCCGCAGCUGGGAGAUUUGCAGCUGAGUACAUGAAAGAAAUAGCUAACUUGCUGCAAAAUGAGGAGGUGUCACCAAAGGUGAAGGUUCUGCUGCUCCAGAGCGUGGCAUGUUGGUGCUACUUAAACCCUGUCAGCCAGAGAAAAGCCAGACGCCUGAAAUUUAUUCCCAUUCUCACUCAGUUUUUGGAACACCAUCUUCAGUCUACUGUCAAAAGUGAAAUCAAUAGUGACCUCCUUGUUAAAUUUUGGACGUGUUAUGCUCUGUCUGUCAUGACGUGCAAUAACUCCGCAUUCAUGAAGGAGCUUAAAGACUACAGUAGUCUAAGAUGUAAUCUGCAACUGUUGGCUACAGAGAAUUGGUCUGGAUGGCCUGAGAAUUUUGCAGAAGUGCUGUAUUUCCUAAUAGGUUUUCACAGGAAUUGAUUUCUCUAAACUCAGUUACAUGACGCAGCUAUCUGUGCCAUCGUACUACCCUGGAAACCUUAAUAAA